UUCCUGGUGUUUAUACUGGCAAUCAGGAACGUAAAUUCGGGAAUGGACGUUUUUAUUAUCAUCCUCCUUUCACAGAUAUUAUAUUCAUAUGGAUAUGACGAUAUAUCAAAGAAUCAGUAUGCAGUACAAUCAACAACUUCUUAUUGUGUCCCGCAAUCAAAUUGUGUAGCAGACAAUGCAGUUGACGGAAUCUAUAGCACGUGUAUGAAGGCAAACAUCAUUGGUACAACUACCUCGGACAAGACAGUGUGGUGGUCUGUGGAUCUUGGCAAUAUACACAGCAUAUACAGCGUUAGUAUACUGUUUAAAGACUAUGGAUCUCAAUAUGAGAAGAGGCAACAGGGCCGUUUUGCAGGGUUUUCUCUGUAUUUAUCCGAGGCUGGUGUACGAGACAGUGACUCCCGUUGUUACGUGGACGGACCAGAGUUGCCUCCCUUAAACUUUACAACAACUUGUGUGGGAUACGGACGUUACGUCACCUUUUAUAAUGAACGACUACAUGGAAAACAAUAUCCUACAGGAUACGAGACAUCAACUGUUUUCACUGAACUGUGUGAAAUUAUUGUCAAAGGCUGUCACAAACCGGGUGUUUAUGGAAGCAGUUGUAACAUCCCAUGUCCAGAGAACUGCCAGGAUAAGAUCUGUAACAUAGUCAAUGGAACUUGUUUUGGAUGCUUGCCUGGAUGGACAGGAGCCUUAUGUGAAAAUAAUUGUCAACAAGGGUGGUACGGUCAGGAUUGUAAGAACCAGUGUUCAGGUUAUUGCAGGGGAAAGGCUACUUGCAAUCACGUGAGUGGUAACUGUGAUAAUGGUUGUGCUGCAGGAUGGAUGAGCAGUAAAUGUGAUAAGCAAUGCAUUGCUGGAACGUAUGGCUCUGACUGCAUCUAUAAUUGUAGUGGUCACUGUCAGAAUGACGUCAUCUGUAACAGAGAAACUGGACAUUGUGACAAGGGUUGUAAACCAGGGUACACAGGAUAUUUUUGUAAUGAGUUGUGUUCACCUGGACGUUUCGGAGACCGAUGCGAUGAACGCUGUAGUGGGCAUUGUUUAAACGACAACGUUUGUCAUCACGUGGAUGGAAUCUGUACAGAUGGUUGUAAGGAUGGAUACAUCGGGAAAUGGUGUAAUAAAUCAUGUGAACAUGGAUUCUUUGGAACAAAUUGUUCUGGUGCUUGCCCUGAAAAUUGUAUUGAUAAAUGUCGACACACUGACGGAUUUUGUGAAUGUCCAGCUGGAUAUAAGGGUCCUUACUGCAAUAUAACAUAUGUGGGAUCAUUUGAAAUAAACUGUGUUCAUAAAUGUAGUGAACACUGCGUCAACAACACGUGUGAUAAAUUCAAUGGGAGUUGUACAAGCAAGUGCUCGGAUUCAUUUCAUGAUGGAAAGUGUGAUCAAGAUCCGACAUCAGACGCAGCACAAGAAUUCAUUCUUCCCGCUUCCUGGAUUGUUGGAUUCACCGUAUCUGUAACACUGAAUGUGCUUCUCCUCAUCAUUGUUUUUUUCAAGUUAAGACAAAGACCAAUACAGAAAGAAUGUAACACUCGCCGUUCUGAUGUUAUACACUAUACAUUUACUGACUGCAUACAGAAUGAGAGUGAAGACACAUCAACUGACCAUCACAGAUAUCAGGAAUUAAACCUGACCAGAGAUGAGAAUCUGUAUCAAGAAAUACAGUCUCAGUGCGACAUAACAAAAGACAAAUCAGCCGCUUUGUAAAUGUAGAGCAGACGGAGAGCAAACGCAAAAACAGACUUACCAAAUCUGUAUGGAAUGUUAAAGCAAUGAACAAGAAAGAUGUUGAUACCAUCAAUAAUGAUUAUUGUUGUACAGCACGAUAUCUUUAUGGAUGAUAUAAACCUUUUGAUCACAAAAAUGUGUUUGAAGGAAAUACAGAAAAUGACAUCAGAAUUCCACCUUUCAUUUUAGUUUAUUGAAUUAUUGAUUAAUACAGUUAUAUAAACAUUUAGUUAACAUAUAAUUUAAUGACAAAACUCAAUUCCAGUUCUGAUAAUUUCUGUAGUGUAUAUUUCAAUAUCAAAAAUGCAGGCGUGUCCACCUAUUCAGU